AUGGAUCAACCUGUCGGAGACGGCGCAGAUGGCAGUCUCGGAAGUGUCGGGCGGUUCCACUCCACUUAUGGAAAGAAAGAAUCCGCUGACGGACCGCGUCAACAUGGAGCUGACGAUGUUGAAGAAUCUGACGACGUUGAAGGAUCUUCGGAAGGCGAAGAGGCCUCAAGAAACCUCCCGCUCUUGAUGCAAGCAGUGACUGUCGCUUUUCGAAGUGUCAGUCACUAGGAUCUGAUAGAGUAGGAGGGAGGCGCAUUCCGCCGAGCACUUUGUGAGUUUACGCUUUUUUUAAAUGUAAUUGCCCUUUUGGACAAGAAAAAUUUUUUUCAAGUGAUUUUUGUGUAAAAUGAAUGAUUUUUAGGUGACCCGCCUGUCAACCCUCCUCCAAACAGCCGCCCUGGAACUCUCACGCUGGAGAGCCGGCGAAUCAUUGUCCGAAUUGGAAUGGAUCAACCUGUCGGAGACAGCGCAGAUGGCAGUCUCGGAAGUGUCGGGCGGUUCCACUCCACUUAUGGAAAGAAAGAAUCCGCUGACGGACCGCGUCAACAUGGAGCUGACGAUGUUGAAGAAUCUGACGACGUUGAAGGAUCUUCGGAAGGCGAAGAGGCCUCAAGAAACCUCCCGCUCUUGAUGCAAGCAGUGACUGUCGCUUUUCGAAGUGUCAGUCACUAGGAUCUGAUAGAGUAGGAGGGAGGCGCAUUCCGCCGAGCACUUUGUGAGUUUACGCUUUUUUUAAAUGUAAUUGCCCUUUUGGACAAGAAAAAUUUUUUUCAAGUGAUUUUUGUGUAAAAUGAAUGAUUUUUAGGUGACCCGCCUGUCAACCCUCCUCCAAACAGCCGCCCUGGAACUCUCACGCUGGAGAGCCGGCGAAUCAUUGUCCGAAUUGGAAUGGAUCAACCUGUCGGAGACGGCGCAGAUGGCAGUCUCGGAAGUGUCGGGCGGUUCCACUCCACUUAUGGAAAGAAAGAAUCCGCUGACGGACCGCGUCAACAUGGAGCUGACGAUGUUGAAUAAUCUGACGACGUUGAAGGAUCUUUGGAAGGCGAAGAGGCCUCAAGAAACCUCCCGCUCUUGA